CAUCAGGACAGCGCAGAAGUUUCCCUCCCACCAGCCCCUUGUACGUCUACCAGUUCUACCGUAGCAGCCGACAGAGGAUCGCAGAAUAAGCCAGAAACGGUCCAAGAUCAAGCCACAGUAAAUACAGCCGCUACCCAACAUGAUGUGCAGAUGACGAUGAAGGUUGUACAAGCGAAUGAACAGCGGUUUCUUGAAAUUGAGCCACCGAAGACGAGGAACAGAGCAACAAGAGAAGAAGGAACUAUGCGACUCGCUUAUUGCAUCAAAAACACGACUCAGAGGAAUGUACGUGACAAAUAAAAAUACAAAUAUAAAGAGAAGUUUACAAAAUGAACAGAUUCUUCAAGAAAAAACAAUAUGUGACUUAGAUGCCGUUCCAGCAACGAAUAUGAAGGAAACGAAAAGUAUGCAAAAUGAACAGAUUCUGCCAGUAAAAUCAAUAUGCGACUUAGAUGCGAUUCCAGCAACGAAUGUGAAAGAAACCAAUCAUUUGGUGGAAACCUGGUGUAAUAUUGAUAAAAGCAGCCAACUACAGGGACAUGAAGAAAUACAUGAAUCCGAUAAAGUUUCACACAGUAGUAAAGUUAUUGAACAACAAUGUAAACAAAUUAAGGAUAUUUCAAAUAAAAAUACACGCAAAAGAAAAUUUACCGAUGUGAAUAAUCAUAAUAAUAAAGAUAAAGAAAAAACAGAGUCUGUCAACGUACUAUGGGAUUUACCUUGUGAAGUAGCAACACAAGGAGAACAAAUCGAGAAAAUAAAAGAUGGGAAUAACAGAAUAGUGGAUUUCAAAUAUUUUACCGAAGAGCUUAUGCGAAUAUCCAGCCACAAAUCACUAUUCCAAUGUUCUUUCAACACCAUGGAGCUAAUUUCGGAAAGAAAACAUGGUGAAAUGGGAAAGCGUAAGGAAAAAUAUUAUAAGAAGAAAGUUGGCGCUAAUUUCCGAAAAAAAAAGAAAACUAAAAAUAUACCGUUACAUGAUGCGUUGGCCGUUGAGGUGCAACAACAGGACGAAACGAGAGUAAAUAAAGCCCUCAAGGAUGUUGUUCAAAGUGAGCGAGAUCUUAAAAGGUAUUUGAUUGAUUUACCUAAACCAUCAGCCUCUCUCAUCAUCGGCUCUGACAGCCCUGCUGAUGCAGCUACUGUUCACCAAAGUGCUGAAGUUCAGAUCCAACAAGAGGAGAAAAUCCCGCAGGUUUGUCCGAAGUGCUACUCGGAGCUUCCCGCCUGUUUCCUGGCAACACAGACUCAACAUAAACAAGUGAGAUCAAUAAUAGCGAAGGUAUACCACUUCUUGGAGCGCGAGUACGAACAGUUGAAGAGCUUGCACCCGGAGACGGACUGGUCUCCGCUGAGCAGGGUCAGGCAGCGCGCGGCCGUCGCCACCGGCGUCUCGGAGCCCGACGUGCUUCACAUACUUAGCGAGGAGGCUGACACUCGCGCCGCUGACGAAGACCCGCCCAGGAAACGACCUAGAACUGAAAACCAGAGUGAAUAUGACGACGUAAAUGAGGCCGAACAGAUCGAAGAAGCAUUACAUGAACCGGAUGUGUACGUUGCUACGAAACCCGCCUUAGAACCUAACCCACUUGAGGACAGCGAAGACGAAACAAUAAUUAUUAAGGAAGAACAAGAUGACAAUAUAACUUAUUAUACUGUUAUGGAAGCAGUGUCUGCGCCCGAAGAGACAGAAGAUCAGUCCAGUGUGUGUAUACCGAAACCAGAGCCGCCAGAUGUGCCUCACAGUCUAGAUAUCAAUUACAGUGUAAACAGCUCUGCUGUGGAGGCGUGCCGCGAUGACAUAGUGCGACGAGACAAACAGACGACUAUAUCUCAACCAGCACCACAUGUGCACACUCAUGGGCAAUACGAGCACACAGAAUCAAGAGCACUCCAUUCCAACAUAUCUCAACCUUCGGACUCGAUGCUACUGCAAGUGAAACAGGAAGAUAUAACUAUAGAGGAAGAGGGAGUCAGCUAGCACUGAGAAACCGCUCAACUUAUUAUUUCUAUUCUUAUCUAUAUAGUAGUUUAUUGAAAUGUGUAAAGUGUAGGCGUACUUACUUUUUAUUAUAUACUAGCUUUUGCCCGCGACUUCGUUCGCGUGGAAUAGUGGCUUGCGGCAGAUUUUUGUUUUACCCACAUAUUUCCCGAUCUCACGGGAUAGAUGGCGCUGUAUGUCCGGAAUAAAUUUUUUAAAUAAAAGCUAUCCUAUGUCCUUUCUCAAGUUCCAAACUAUGCCUUUAUACCAAAUUUCAAACAAAUCGAUUCAAUAGCUUAGGCGUGAAGAAAAGACAGACAGACAGACAAGAGUUACUUUCGCAUUAGUUAUAAUAUUAGUUUGGAUAUUCCGGUAUAAGACUUUAAAUAACUUGUUUUUAUUUUGAAAAGUAUUUCUCGAGCAAGGUUUAUUUGUGUAUGCAUCUUAAGUAAGUAAUCAAAACACUUCUUUGUAUAAUUCACAUCGUACUCUGAUUGUAAUUAAUAAAAUUCUCAGUUGUUUUGCAUUUUCUUAGUUUUUAAGUAGGUUGCAAAUACUGUGUCAAUUUUUCAUUUUUUUUAAUAAAAAUUUGUGAUAAU